UCCAGACUCAAGGCCAGGACCCGCCCCAUGUCACCACGGAGCACAUGAGCAACUGGCUGGUGUCUCAGGGCAAAAUUAUCCCUUAGGGAGAGGUGAGUACCACGUCAGCACUCACCUUCACUGCCAUUCCCUGCCACCAGCAGCACUCCAGGAGGUGUGAGUAAAAUAAACAACAGAAAAAUCAGAAGCCAGGAAAGUUGAAUUGCUCUGUGUUUUAUUUGAAGGGUGUGGAAGGAAACCAUGGAGGAGGGAAACGACCUCGCUGGGCUGGCCUGGGAAGUAAACACUUGCCUAAAAAUGAUGGACAUAGAGCACGAGGCUUUCUGCAAGCUCCGCCGCUCCAUGCACCCCACCUCGCCUGCUGACAUCGAUCCUAAGGUCCACAGCAUCGUGGAAAGUGCUGUGAGAAGCAUUCUGGGCAAGCAGUCCAAUGUCCCCCGUAGCAAACUGCUCAGCCCAUCUCAGGUGGAGGUGGUGCCCAGGCUCCUCCUGGCCCUGUGGCUGCAGCCAGAGGAAGGACAUUCAGAGCACCCAAUCCUAGUAAGCGGGAUGGCCAUGGGCAUGGUGGCGGCCGUAGUGGAGAAGCUCUCCUGCAUGUUAAAGGACCCUUCCCCUCACAUCCCUUUCUCCCGGGCUGCUGCUUUUGACUCUGUGUGGUCGAUCCUCGGGAGAAUCAGUCAGUCCUUCUCCACAGAUGACCUCCAGAGACCUUUUUAUAUGAGCUCUGUCUGUGCCUUUGUGGCGGAUGAGGUGCAGAGCUGCUUCCAGCCCCCUGCAGCCACCCUACCAGUCCCCCCCGUCCUCGCGGUGGCCGUUUCCACCACACUACCAGCUGGCAUCCAAGCAGACCCGGCUUCUUCCCACCUUGAGGUUGUGGACAUCACCCCUAACACAGAGGCAGACCCGGCAUCUUCCCACCUGGAGGUUGUGGACAUCACCCCUAACACAGAGGCAGAUCCGGCUUCUUUCCACCUGAAUGUUGUUGACAUCACCCCUAACAUAGAGGCAGAUCCGGCUUUUUCCAACCUGAAUGUGGUGGACAUCACCCCUAAUACAGAGGCAGAGCCCAUCUCUUCCCUCUUGGAGGUUGUGGACGUCACACCUGAAGAAAGGACUCUCACGAUGGCCGUCUUCGCCACUCUGCCAGCUGACAUCCCAAGCAGAGGAUGUUGUUGUGGUUAUCCCGGAUGUCACCCCCCACGUCACCAAGGACGUGACACUGGAUGUUCCAUGCAGAGCUAGGAAAGGGGCAGUCCGGCGAUUAUUUUGCAGGCUUUGGAGGGCAGUGUGCUGCUGCGCCUGCCACAAGGAAGAGGAGGAACAAUAUUAAUUAUUCAUCACACCUGCAGAAAUGGGAUUGAACCAUAGACCAUUAAAUUUAUUCACAUUAUAAUUGGACUCAAUUCUGCUUUGCUUCUGUUCACUACUUAAGUUCAGAACUUUUCUUUAAACUUUCACUUUGCAAGUGUGGAGUAGGUUGUGUAAAUAAGUGGGAAACAUCCCAAUUUUAAUGUUUUGAAUAAUUUACUUUGUACACUUUAAAAAAAUCUGUAUUAUUUCACAACAAAAAGGCAAAAAAACAGAGGGCGCUCAACCAACGUUGAGUUGAGGUGCAAGCAAAAAUUUGAAUCAUCAUAGAAAAGGAAAAAGCGCAACUCUUGCUCACUAUAAAAAAUUAAUGUUUGUUUUAUUCAGGCAAGGUUAAAAGAUUAACAUUUCGGCCUAGCCUGUGACGAUAUGCAAGUUGUGUUUGCCCAGGAAAAGGGUGACCCAGACUCACCCUGGUUCUUGAGGGUUGAAGACAGUGAAAAAUUAUCAUUAAGUAAAUGGGACUUUUCAAUUCUUGAAUAAAAUCUUUAAUGAACAUGAAUUUAAAUACAAUUGACUUGAGGAUCAUAGCAGGCAGGCUGACUGGCUAGCCCUGAAGGCCCUCUGCCUCUACCUCUGUGUGGUUCAUCUCAACCAAGAGGUUGUGUGGGUUGUCUUUCUCUCUGUGGGUGUGAAUCACUAUGACCUCUCCCUCUGCCUGCCAUUUUGCUGAUCAGAAGCAUUCUGCUUUUUCUUGCUCACAUGAACAUGAGGAAUGGCCUCUGGGGUAACCUCCUCCUCCAUCUAACGCCUCUUCCACCUCCUCUUUCUGGCUGUGUUCGACUGAGGUCACUCGUUCUCUAUCACUGGGUGUUGGAUAGUUCCUCCUCCUCUGUGUCUUUGUGAGUUUGGAGGGAUUUAUCCUGUUCCGGCUCCCUCUAAGGGUGUGCACCGUAAUCUCUUUCGGUGUGUUGAGGGGUUCAGUGGUUUUGGAGGGAGUCUGAAGUUCGAUCUCUAGCAAUGAGUGUGGGGUCUGUCCCGUGGUGUUGUCCCCCUCCCUCCUAAGGAGGAGCCACUGAGACAUGUGAUGAGGCAAAGGAAAAUUACUCUGCAAGGACGGGAUAGGACACAUCACAACACUGCUGCUCAUUCAUAUUCAAAUGUGACAGGUUAAAGGACAUAUUCAUAGCCUGUUAUACAUUGAAAAGUAUUAGUAAGUUCAUAGUAUGUGAGGAUCUUAAAACAUCUAAGGUUAAAAAGAUGCAUUCAGUAUUAGUUGAUAGAGAUUGAUAAUAUUCAUAUAAUUGUGUUAAAGUUCAAAUCUGUCAAAGGGUACGAAUUGUGAGAGUAAUGUGUAAACGUUAUAUUGAUUACUUUAUUUUGUGGUGCCUAAAAGUGUUCAUCUGUGAUCUACGAAAUGCUCUUAAGCUAUGAGCCGGAGAUCGAUUGCUCUGGUCUCCACGCAUAUUCCUGGGGAAAUUCGCGGUCUUUUCUCAUUGAACUAAAUGUUGACUUGAGAAUACAACACCGUAUCACUCUCGUGAUUAUUUCUCCCCUGUUUUCAGGUACUUUAUUGAUGAUAAAAAUAGUAAUUUAAAUGUUAUAACUAGCGAACAUGUCAAGAGUGUUUAAGGUGUGUUUUAGUAACGUCUUGAGGAAGUUAGAGUUAAGUUUGAAGAGAGUAAUAUUAGCCCUGCUCGGUUGAAGUGAAGGAUAGCGUCGUACUGAGAGUAGCUGCCAUUUUAUGUCGAUUGUGAAUGAACAUGCGUGUUGUUAAUAAGAUAUUUUGCUGUGUUAUUUGUAUAAUGGGUUUUCUGUUAUGUAAUGUGUUACUUUUGUGAAAUGAUUGAACUAAAUGUUGACUUGAGAAUACAA